AUGACCGAAGACCUGAUGACCCGCGACGGGCGUGCCAUCGCCGAUAUCGAGCGGCUUCGCUUCUUUCCGGCAACCGCCGUGGGGGGUGCGGGCUCCUACGUGGUUGAGGAGGGCGGCCGGCGCGUGCUCGACUUCAGCGCCUCGUGGGGUGCGGCGAGCCUCGGCUACAGCCACCCGGCGGUGGCCGAGGCGGUGAGCAAGGCCGCGAGCGACAUGGGGGCGGUGAGCCUCGCCUCUUGCGCCGUCGGCCACGCCGUCGCACUUGCAGAGGACCUGCUGGCGCACUUUCCGGACGACCGCGAGCGGCGAGUCUGGUUCGGCCACGCCGGCUCCGACGCCAACGACGCCGUGGUACGCCUGCUCGAGGCCGCGUCGCCCCGCCGCGGCAUCCUUUCCUUCGUCGGCGCUUAUCACGGCGGCAGCGCCGCCUCGAUGUCGGUGUCCGGCCACAGCUCCCAAACACACGCGCCCGCGCGACCUGGCCUGACCCGGUUGCCCUAUCCCGAUCCCUACCGCCCUCAGUUCGGCCCCGAUCUGGUCGCCGGCGCCCCUGGCCGACCUCGACCGGCGCUUCGAGAGCGAGCUUCGGCCGGACGAGAUCGCCGCCGUCUUCAUCGAGCCGAUCCAAUCGGACGGGCGCGUAUCGUGCCGCCUGCCGGAUUCCUCAAGGGUCUGGAGGAACGCUGCCGGGCCCACGGCAUCCUGAUCGUGGUGGACGAGGUCAAGGUGGGGGUGGGGCGGACCGGCCUCUACCAUGCGUUCGAGGCCGAGGGGCUCAGCCCCGACAUCGUCGUCUACGGCAAGGGGCUGGGCGGCGGGCUGCCGAUCUCGGCUGUGGUCGGCCCGGCGGAGCUGAUGAACCUUCAGCCUGCUUUUGCCAUCAUGACGGCGGCCGGCAACCCGGUGUGCGCAGCCGCCGGCCGCGCCGUGCUGCGCACAUAG